ACAGCUCUCAGACGUAAGAGGAGGAGGCGGGUUUCAGAGGAGCUGCUCCGCUCUCAGACAGCGAAGUCCACGGCGUGUCUGAGCAAAAUGAAACAUGGAUGAGGAGGUCGGCGAAAGUUGGGAGGAAGCUGCCCAUAGCGGGAAAUAGGACGACAUCUAACCGAGAACCGACUCAAGACCCGAAUGAUGCUCCUGACUCCUCAACUGAGCCAUUUACUGUUUGCCAAAGCUUGAUCAAGAAUGGUCCUCGGGGAAGGCUGGGUGCCAUAAAGAGUUUUAAAGAAGGAAAACGGGGAGAAAAGGGAAAUGGAUAAACGGUUGGAAGAGAAGCUUCGGAUCAGCCCGAGAGAAAAGGAGUCCAGUAACUCUUCCCGAUCACCGUUAAAGACAACCAUGGUGAUCCAGGACAACUCUUUACCAGCAGGACCCCCGCCUCAGAUCCGAAUUUUGAAGCGACCAGCAAGUAACGGGUCACUGGCGUCCUCCAUGAAUCCCAACAGGCCUACUCCGCAGGUCAAGUCUCUCGCCCAGCGAGAGGCAGAGUAUGCCGAGGCCAGGAAACGAAUACUGGGUAGCGCCUGCCCAGAGGAGACUCCUCAGGAAAAGCCCAACACUGACAGGCCAGUGCGCAAUAACUCCACAAUGCCUUCAGAGGACACCAGAUCAAACAAUCACACUGUCCGGCAGCCCGCCGGCCCAGACGGCACCCAGGGGUUCCGACAGCACAGAUAAGCCGGUCUCUGGGACCACGGAGGAGAGAGAGAGGUUAAGAGCUGGCCCAGAUCAAACACCAUACUGUAUUCUUUAAUCGUCCUCCCAUCAGUUCCCUCAUAUCAGCCGGACGCGCCGGCCUUCCCCCUCACAGCCGGGCGAAUCAGUCAGGGAACGAGGAACCGGCUCACCUCUCUCUCCUGCUCAUGUUCAUUUGGCACUGUGAUUAUGGACAUACUCUGGACUCACUGUGAUUACCCCCCCCCCCUCCUUUAAGAGACGCCCCUCAGCCUCCAGCUCUUUUUUAUUUUAUAUUUUUUUGGUUGUGUCUGUCUAGGGACGCGAGAAGAGCAGAAGCAGAGACUUGGAACAUGAGGGGUUGAACGAUGAGGCGACACAAAGGGGUCCUAUCAAAACUAGAUUAGCUCGUUCUUGUACAGCAGCUUCUUCCCAGCAAUAAUCCCAGACAUCACUGUUCAUCACGUUUUUCUUUUUUCUUUCUUUUAAUCACCUGUCUUUACUUAAGGGAUGCACUGAUGUCUUAUGAAUACAGAUCACGGUUCUCGCACACCUUUAAGCCCGCGCGCUGAAUUGGCACCAGAGGUUAAACGUAACGGGGAAUGAGUCACGUUUCUCUAGCUUCUCAUCUGGCGGCAGGUCGGAGCUAAAAGCAGCUCUGAGCUGUAGCGUGUUGUCUCUUUAUGUAAGCGACACGUUAAAUGCUGAACGCUGUUCAAAGAGUCAAUGCACACCUUACUAUAAGAACUGCCAUUUGUUGUUUAAAAUCGGAGGUCAUGUGUGUCAAGUUGUAUAUCUGACAAGUUUUGUUUACUUUUUUUUUUUAAGCUUUUAGCAGUCUUCCUCUGACAGUCGCAUACUUUCUGUUUCAGAGUAAAUUAAGAGCGAAGAGGAGAGAAUGGAUCCAGGUCGGGCUUCAAGUAGCCUUUUCUCCCCCUUUUUUUUUUUAAUUUUUUUUUUUUUAUAUAUGAAACGGCAGCAGAACAAGCAGUAUUUUUUUUUUUUUCUUUUUAUAUAUAAACCAAAAGCGCCGCAUUUAAAAGAAAUUGAGCCACAUCUUCAUGAUUUGAAAAUGGUGUAGGGGGAAUUUUAGAGAAAUUUUUGAAUUGCAUUCACUGCUGUCCCGUUUCCAAUCCCGUCAAUAAUAUUUCUUCACGUCCUCCUCUGAAGUAAAUCUCAAGAACUCAGGUCCACGUGAAUGAGACUGAAUGAAUGAAAUGAACGAAGAUUGUAUUUUUCCAGCGGGUUUGUUUUCUCAGAAGACUAAAGUAACGUAUUUAAGUUAACGGUUGGCACUUAAAACGGUGCUCUGUUGAGCUUAAUGUAUCAGGAGACGUAGCUUUGUCAAGGUAAAGUCAUUCUAGUCCUUUUUUUUUUUUUUUUUUUUUUUUUUUUAAAUAAUGUUUGCAUCUGGGUGUCAGAACUGUAACUUUGCCCCCUGUAGGACUGUUCAGUACUGCUCAACCCGAGCGGCUCGUUCAGGCUGGGAACCAGGGGACUGGACCGCCUGGCGCUCCCAGGAAAUGUUUUCUCACCUUUAAUUGUUCAGAGGAGAUCUCAAAGCCAUACUUUGUGGUGCAAGAUCAUCGACACAAAAGACUCUUGUGGUAAUGGGUGAAUUCAGCUUGUGCCUCUUGUAUCACAUCUUUACUUCCUGGUUGUUGAUUUCUAUUCCUUUUUUUUUUUUUUGCUUUUAAAAAAUAUAUAUAUUUAAAGGGGGGAUUCUCAAUAAUGUUGAAGAGAUUUUAGAUGAGGAAAUCUAGUGGCAGAGCAGGAGGAGGAAGUACAAACUGCCUGUAAAUACUGAUUUAAUAAAUUGAUUUACUAAAAAUCGGA